GUGAGCUGUAGCUGGAUAGGGAGGCGCCAUUCCAGAAGCUCAUCCGCAUUGCCAUAGGUAGUUCUCGCAUCUGUUGAGGGGAUUGUCGAGUUGAAACGGGAGCGCAGGAAAAGAGGAGCCCUGCUUAUCAAAUGCAGCGGCGUGCAGCGUGCGGCAAGCAGCAAGUGACUAAAUCAAUAAGGCCUGCAGCAGCAACGAUGUUUGACGCCAGCGCUACUAUACUCUUGAUCCAUUUUCUUGAACUGCCAUAAGAAGUGGUGAUCAGAGGCCAAAGAUGGCACCUGAGUUCCCCACCCCAGUCACUCCACCCCCGCCACUUUCGGCUCACUCUAUUGAAGUUGAGAGAGCCAGGAUCGCUGAAGAAGCAGCUCGACAUUCUCCAGCAGUUACGCAGUCGUCAAUCCUGUAUGAAGACGAAUGGAUCGUUGCUGUGAAUAAGCCCGCCGGCAGGUAUUGCGAGGACGUUUUGGCAGGGGUGGUGGGGCUGCUGGCGGGCCUUGGGGGGCUUUCACACCAGUCAGGGUCUGACUCUGGAAAAGCGGUGGUGGAAGCUGGUGUACGUUGUGACAGCAUCUAUGCAGGACGAGACGAAAGUCAGCUGACAAGAGGGGGUGUCUCAUCAGAUGUUGAUGCAUUGGUGGGGGAUAUUGGCCGACUGCAGGCCAACGAGGAGGUGGCAAAAGUUUUAGUUGAGAAUCCUGGAGCCUCGGAUGGGGAUAAUGAUAGUUCAAGUGGGGCGGCACCGCAAUAUGGAGGGGCUGAAAUUCCUGCGGCACGGGUCCACAUCCGCCCACAAGAAGCGAAGCUGGCCAAGCAAAGCAGGCGGGAAGGGGGGGCGGCAGGAGGCAAGAAUGCUGCUGAAGCUUUGGAAGCUCUUGCUUACAUGGUCCACCGGCUGGAUCGUGACACAAGCGGAGUUCAAAUCGUGGCGAAGUCGAAGCACGCCGCAGCGGCAUUCAUGAAGCUCUUUGCUGACCGCCAAGUCCGCAAGACCUACCUCGCACUCGGGCAUGGCACCCCCCCAGAUUGGAGAGAUUUCACACUGCGGACCGGACACGGACGCUCCCGCCACGGGAUGUUCCGCGUGUACGCAGAGGAGGACGUCGGGCGGAGCCUACCGGGGGCAAAAGCUGCCCGGGUGCAGUCAAUGGAGACGCGGUUUGAGGUGCUCGGGACGUUUGCCCCGAGGGAUAGUCACGGAAACUUCACGUCAAAAUCAGAGGACGGACUGUCUCAACAAUGCGUGAACCGGUGUUCAGCGGAUGAGGAGGACGGGCGCAGGCUUUGCGAAGCGCGUGACAGCAAGGAAGGGUUAAGCGAAGGGGUUAGAAAGUCAGAGGAGGUGCUUCGAGGCGGUCUUGGUGAAGUUUGUUUGGAUGUACGGGAAGCCGAAAGGAGUUGCGAAGAGGCUGGUAGCAGUACAAAUGGGGCGGGUCUCGGAAAUGAUGAGCGUUCGAAUCUGGAGCUUGCUGAUGAAAACGGCAGGGUGAGCACCAAUUUGCCACUUGGCGAGGGCUCCGACGGGCAUGUUAGUCCUCUCAGUGAUGACGUCCAUGGGCGAAAGUUGAAUAACAAUCCCUCCAUCUUAAGAUGCGAGCUAGGCCAACAGGACGAGACUUGUGAGGAUCAGCCAAGCGCGCGACAGUUGGGACCGUCAGAUGUUCUUGCGAAUACCACAAACCCGUCGAUCUUAGCCAGAGAGUUAGAAGAAGCCCGAUUCGUUCUCUUGCGGUGCCAUCCGCUGACCGGCAGGACGCAUCAAAUUCGGCUGCACUGUCUGUUUUUGGGGCUGCCUCUGAUAGGGGACGCUCGUUACGGGGGUCUGUUAGAAACGGCCGGCAAAGAGCAAGCGGCUCAUUGCCUGCACGCCGAGAGUCUUGCCUUGGAUCAUCCGUUUCUAGGAACGCACUUAAGCAUCAAAGCGCCCGGCCCAUCUUGGGCUUCUGCGGCGACGUAACUUGACGUUGAUCAUUCAAAAGGACGGUUCUAGUACUCUGGCUUUUGUCGUAUUGUGGCAGAGGUUGCAAUGACGACUUCGAUGUGAAU